AACGGGACUCAGAGCGGACCGGGAAGGAGAACACCGUGCAUGAAACCCUGCGGGGAACGGGGGUCCCGGGGGGGUCCGGGCAGGGAUGGCCCUUGGGUGGGGACAGCGCGGCCACCAGCGCUGGAGCUGCCCCGUGCCCGCAGGUGACAGCGCAGCCCUGAGGAUGCCGGGCCGGGUCCCGGGAAGCUGCGGGGCCCCGGGGACGCGGGGCCGGGUCCCGGGAAGCUGCGGGGCCCCGGGGAUGUGGGGUCGGAUCCCAGCCCUGCUCGGCCUGGCCCUGGCCUUGGCAUCGCUGCUGCCCGCGGCCGGAGCGCGCCGGAGCCAGGACCUGCACUGCGGAGCCUGCCGGGCGCUGGUGGAUGAGCUGGAGUGGGAGAUCGCCCAGGUGGACCCCAGGAAAACCAUCCAGAUGGGCUCGUUCCGCAUCAACCCCGACGGCAGCCAGUCCGUGGUGGAGGUGCCGUACGCCCGUUCCGAGGCGCACCUGACGGAGCUGCUGGAGCGGGUGUGCGAGAAGAUGAAGGAGUACGGCGAGCGGCUGGACCCGGCCACGCAGCGCAAGAGCUACGUGCGCGUCAUCUCCCGCGACGGCGCCAAGAUGGACCUGUCCGGCCUCAAGUUCGACGGGGACGUCACCUCCAGCCUGAAAUUCGCGUGCGAGAGCAUCGCCGAGGAGUACGAGGACGAGCUCAUCGAGUUCCUGUCGCACGAGGCCGAGAACGUCAAGGACCGGCUGUGCAGCAAGAGGACGGACCUGUGCGACCACGCGCUCCACAUCCCACACGACGAGCUGUGACUGCCUCGGGAGCGGGGACCGGGACGGCACCGGGACGGCACCGGGACCCACGGGGACGUCCCCAGGACCCACGGGGACAUCCCUGGGACCCACGGGGACGUCCCCAGAAUCCACCAGGACAUCCCCGGGACCCACGGGGACGUCCCCAGAAUCCACCAGGACAUCCCCGGGACCCACGGGGACAUCCCCAGGACCCACCGGGACAUCCCCAGGAUCCACUGGGACAGCACCGGGACCCACGGGGACGUCCCCAAGACCCACCAGGAUGUCCCCAGAACCCAUGGGGAUGUCCCCAGGACCCACCGGGGUGUCCCCAGGAUCCACCGGGACGUCCCCAGGAUCCACUGGGACAUCCCUAGAACCCACCAGGAUGUCCCCAGGACCCACUGGGACCCACCAGGACAUCCCCAGAAUCCACCAGGACAUCCCCAGGACAGACACAUCUCCGGGACCUCCCCGGUUGCCUCCCCCCGUGCGGAGCUCCCGUCCUAUUUAUUCCCCAUUCGGGGCCACCGGUUCGGCCACGGGGCCAGGGCCACGUCCCGGCUCCUUUUGGGACAUUUCAGGGACAUUCCUGCCCCGCUGCCGGGGGACACGGGGACACAGCGGGGCUCGGCCCCCGCGGGGUUGGGGGGUGUGGGGACCCCCCUGUGUUUUGCAGGCAAUAAAGGGGCUGUGGGCCCACCCGAGGGCA